CGUCUUACUUUCUCUGAUUACUCAUCAUUCUCUUCUCUUCUUCAUUCAAUGAUCUUCUUCUUGUAGUUCAGAUCUUUCGUCUCCGUUUCGAGUUUUCUUCUUAACUAUGGCGGUCGAUCUGAUGAGUUUUCCGAAGAUGGAUGAUCAAAUCGCUAUACAAGAGGCAGCGUCGCAAGGUUUGAAGAGUAUGGAGCAUUUGAUUCGUCUUCUUUCUCACAAGCAAUCUUCAAGCCAUGUCGAUUGUUCUGACCUAACCGAUGCAACCGUUUCCAAGUUUAAGAAAGUUAUUUCUCUCCUCAAUCGAACCGGUCACGCCAGAUUCCGCCGAGGUCCGAUUUCUUCGACUUCCUCAUCGUCUUCCGGUUCAUCUGCUCAUCUCUCUCAAAACCAGGCCAUGACUCUCACUCCUACUCCGUUUACUUCACCGCCGAAUGUUCCUGCUCCGCCGUUCACCGCUCCGGCUACUAUCGCUCAGCCACAGACGAAAGUCGUCGCUGCGGCCGCGAACUUUCUACCUCAUCCUCAGAGUAUGACUCUCGAUUUCACUAGACCGAAUAUUUUGAACUCCAACCCUAAGGGAACCGAUUUGGAAUUUUCCAAAGAGACCUUCAGUGUGUCUUCGAGCUCAUCGUUCAUGUCCUCUGCUAUAACCGGAGAUGGAAGUGUAUCCAACGGAAAAUUAGGAACGUCUAUCUUUUUAGCACCAGCACCGACUGCUUCCGGUGGUAAGCCACCGCUCUCGGUCGCACCUUACAAGAAGAGGUGUCACGAACACGAUCAUUCCGAAGACUUAUCCGGAAAAUUCUCCGGUUCAACAUCAAUUUCCGGGAAGUGCCAUUGCUCGAAGAGAAGAAAAAAUCGGAUGAAGAAGACGAUCCGAGUCCCGGCUAUUAGUUCAAAAAUUGCCGAUAUUCCACCGGACGAGUACUCAUGGAGGAAGUACGGUCAGAAGCCGAUCAAAGGAUCUCCAUACCCGCGGGGGUAUUAUAAGUGUAGCACAAUGAGGGGAUGUCCGGCGAGGAAACACGUGGAGAGAGAUCCGAACGAUCCGGCGAUGUUGAUUGUAACGUACGAAGGGGAACACCGCCAUACACAAAGCUCGUUACCGGAAAAUAUGGCCGCGGCGGCUGGAGUAGCUUUAGUUUUUGAGUCAACUUGACGCUAGAAUAAUAAUAAUAAUAAUAAGAAAAAAAAAAGUGGAUUUAAUUUGUGGAGAUGAAUGAGAAAGAGAAAGAGAAAGAAAAAGAAAAAAAAUUUGAAUUUUGACUUUGUUUUAUCUCUUCUGAUGAUUGUACAUUAAAAAAAGAAAAGACGAAGAAAUUCGAAAUUAAAAAAAGAAAAAGGAAAAUAGUUUCUUUUUAUUUAACUUUUUGGAUAUUAAAUAAAAUUAAGGGGGUGAAAAUGGGAAUUGGGAAAAUGGUGGUGAGUUAGCGGUGGGAGAGGUUGUCAAUCAAUCAAUUUCAUAAAUUGGUAUAUAGGGCCAAUUCAAUAAGGAGGGAUUUUACUUUUCUUUUUCUUUUUCUUUUUCUUUUUCUCUUUUGUUUUUGGAGGAUUAAUUAUUAUAAAGUAAAAUUUUUUCAAUGA